AUGGAAGGUCUUUCAGUGGCGGCAAACGGCUUAGCUGUAGUCUCGAUUGCUGUUCAGCUCACUGAGUCAUUCGUGAAGCUAUAUAAAUUCUGGAAUUCUGUUGAAGAUGCACCACAAGACAUUGCAGCCAUCAAUGAGGAUCUCCGAUACCUCAUUUCAGUAUUCCAACGGAUCCAAUCCACAAAGGGUUCAGUCGGGGAAUGUGUAGCAGAGGGCAUACAGCAUUGCUGGGGCAGACUGCUUGAACUCAACACCAUUGUGGCAGAUUUUGAUGAAGGGUUUCAGUCCUCAUCGCGGAAAAGACGGAAAUGGGCUGCUUUCAAAGUCGCCAGUCAAAGCAAGCAUAUUCAAAAGUUUCGCGACUCACUGAGUGAGACGAAAUUGACUUUGACUCUUGCGCUUGUACAUCAAAGUAUGGUACAAGCUCAGCCAUAUGCUACUACCGUUCCGAUACACACAACCAUGUUGCUUGCCUCUCAGAAUCACCCAGGCCGCGACGGACUCAACAUAGAUCUGCUGUCAGAGCAACCUGCAGACGAUAGAGCAACGAUCAGAUCUCAACAACCCCCACCACCAGUAUAUGUGGAACAGAAUAUCCUACACAGGAAUGCAGUUGGAGAAAACAAAACAGCAAAAACUAUGCUCAUGGAUUUCGAGAAGAACGUUUCGAAACAGGCCAUGGCCACAAUGAAGCUGCAGGAGCUGAUGUUACACGCAGUUGAGCAGAUUGGGAUCUCCAAAUUCGAAUCCAAUUCUCUUGAAAUCUUCGCUCAGGAUGGCUACACGGUGGACUGCAACGGAUUUCCUCGAGCGCGGACAUUCGUCUAUUCAGACAACUUGCAGUAUCGUGUCAGUCACCAUGUGACGGGUUUCCGAACUGCUUUUGGCUGUUUAUGGAAGCGCAAGACCAAACUUCAUCUUCCGGGAAAGGCACAUGAUAGUGUCGAAGAGACGCAAUGUGUCACCUCUUACAUAUUCUACCCCAAUACCUGGAUCCAAUGGUUAGGUAUCCACAACGGGUUGGAAGCGAUUAUGGCUGCUGCUGGCCGAAGCUGGUUGUUCAACUGUAAACUGACAGUGACCCGCGCCGUCCCAGAAGAUUCCCUGAUCUUUGAGCUCUGUCGGACGGGUCAAACUCGAGCUGUAGAGAUACUGCUAAGCAAACGGCUUGGGAGUGUAGUCGACACCAGUCCUAAAGGGUGGAAGCCUUUGCACUUUGCAGCAGCUGGUGGCCAUGUUGAUCUUUGCGCCAUGUUAAUCGAAGCUGGUGCCGAUAAAUCAGCGUUGGUAUACGAAGGACCAACUGAAGCCAUACUUUCUCCCAUCACCCUCUUUGUCGCAUUAGCGCAGGAUAUGCAUGCCGAUGUCAAGAUUUCCAUGUUGCGACUAUUUUCCGACUGUAUCGAGCUGACAGAUCCCAAGAGCGACGGUUGGACAGUGCAUGAGUGGCUUAAGAGAACAUAUGCGCAAGAAAGUGUGCCCAUUUCGCAAAACAGCAUUACGUGGCUAUUUCACUGUGCUCCUACUGAACAGUACGUCCAACUCAACUCGCAGACGAUAUGGUGUGGUUUGCAGCACGCUGUCCGAACAGUACUUUGCCACAUGCGAGAUGGUUGCUUUCUGAACCGGAUUCUGGGACUCUCUGAUUGCGAAUACAAAGCGACAUGUCAAAAGAGAUUAGAUACGAUUAGCAUUUUGCUCGCUUUUCAAGUCUGCGGUCGAGUAUUGCUACCUAUGGCAAUUAGCGCAGGAUCUUUUUGCCAGAUGCCAGGAUUCGAUUGGCUACAUGACGACCUGAGUCAUAGAGAGUAUCUACAGGCACUUCCUAUCAUUUAUGCAGCAUGGUGUAGUACGGUACUUGACACGACUGAGAACCUGGAGGCCUAUGUUCGACUAGAAUUCGAGCGCUACCAGCAGCAAUUAGGGUAUACAAGGGCUCUAUUCCUUGAUGCACUUUCUUACCGGAGUACGAUGAGCGGAAGCGAUAUCACGCAAUUGAAAGGUAGUACUUGUACUUGCUGUGAAGACAACUACAAGUCCCUUCCAGGCGCUCUCGUCUCGCCUGUUCGCAUAGCUGUCGCCGAGUGUGUCAAAACCAACCACCGAUUUGGCUGUGUCUGCGAGAAUGCUGAUAAUCUGCAUGCCGUUUUCAAAGAAACAGAUCCACCCGAGUACACCGGCAUAUGUUGCAUCGACGACAACCACGAAACGGCCGACUCCACAACUGACGAACUCUUCUACGACGCCGAGCCCUACCUCUUCCCAGAUGGCGCUCUUUUAGAUCAGGACAGCGCUCCCGAAAUGUUCGCAGAAGUAGCAUUGCUACUAUACCGCGCUCAUGGCAGGGCCUGGCUGGGCAGCUAUGCCGUUGACGACCUAUUAUGUGCGCCCUGCUUCCUUUUGCGAGAGCAAUACAGAGACAAGAAUGGCUUCUCGACUGAUUUUCCACCGAAACCGCAUCAUCUGGAUGGAAUGAGAAUGACAUCGUGA